AUGCUGACGGCAACGUCGCCUAGCGCCUGGCGGCCCUUGAGCAGAGGACGGUCAUCGGUAGCCUCCCCUCUCAUGAGGUCUAUGCUUGUUCUGAAGAAUUCUCCCGAAAGUCUUCAACGGUUCAGGGAGGCCAGGGCCGACGCCUACUUCCUGGAUCUGGAGGACGGGGUACCGAAAGAUAAGAAAGAGUCUGCCCUGAAGCUGUACGCUGAGGCGCUAAAGAGCAGGAUGUUCCGCGGUCAGACUGUGUACGUGCGGUUCAGUGACAUCACGGACGACGUCACCAGGAGAGAAGCAGACGCCCUUUGCCAUCUCGACCUGACGGGCUUCAUCGCACCCAAAGUCGCUUCUUCUGAUGACAUCAGGAAAAUCGAUAAAGUCCUGUCAGAGGUAGAGAAGACCAAAAACUUGCUUCCCGGUCACUGCAAGAUCAUUGCCAUAGUGGAGACAUUGGAAGCACUUUGGCACACACCAGACAUUGCAAAG